UUCGCCCGCUCGCCCCUUCGCCGAGAGCAAAGGCGUUCAGCAAAACAGAACCAUGCAACCGAGGGAUGGCUUGUGUGCGACAGUUUGAAUAUGGAGGCCACGGGGACAGAUGAAGUUGACAAGAUAAAAACGAAAUUCCUAUCUGCUUGGAACAACAUGAAAUACAGUUGGGUCUUGAAAACAAAGACGUAUUUUAGUAGGAAUUCUCCCGUGUUACUGCUGGGAAAAUGUUACCAUUUCACAGCGGAAGAAGGCGACGAAAUCCCCGUCGGCUCCAACCGGGCCCCGGAGGAUCACCUCGUCGUCUCUGGGAACGUCGGCGAGUUUCGGAAAGACUUCAUCUCGCGGAUAUGGCUGACCUACCGGGAAGAGUUCCCCCCGAUUGGGGGUUCGGGCCUGACCACGGACUGCGGCUGGGGCUGCACCCUGAGAACGGGCCAGAUGCUGCUCGCCCAAGGACUCGUCCUGCACUUUCUCGGGCGAGCGUGGACCUGGCCCGACGCACUGGGCGCGGAGAGCUCGGAUUCCGAGUCGUGGACGUCCCAUCCCGUGAAAAAGCUCACGGCCUCGUUCGAGGCCUCGUGGGGCGGCCAGAGGGACCCCAGGGCCCCGUCCGCUCCCCGGGGCGCUUCGCGCGGGACCAGCUGCGUCCGGGACGAAGUGAGAAACGAAGGGGUCCACCGCAAAAUCAUCUCGUGGUUCGGCGACAGCCCCCGGACGUACUUCGGCUUGCACCGGCUGACGGAAUACGGCAGGAAGUCUGGGAAGACAGCCGGAGAUUGGUACGGGCCGGCUGUUGUUGCCCAUAUCCUAAGAAAAGCAGUUGAAGAAGUGCGACACCCUGAUUUGCGAGGAUUAACCGUUUACGUUGCACAAGAUUGCACAGUUUACAAUUUCGAUGUAACCGAUAAGCUGCACGACGCGUCGACGGACUCGGGGAAAACGGGCGACAAAGCCGUCCUCAUCUUAGUGCCCGUUCGGCUGGGAGGGGAGAGGACCAACGUCGACUAUUUAGAAUUCGUAAAGGGAAUUUUAAGCCUUGAAUACUGCGUGGGCAUUAUCGGAGGCAAACCGAAGCAGUCGUAUUACUUCGCGGGAUUUCAAGAUGACAGUUUGAUUUACAUGGAUCCUCAUUACUGCCAAUCUUUUGUAGAUGUCAGCAUAAAGGAUUUCCCUCUUGAGUCAUUCCACUGUCCUUCCCCCAAAAAGAUGUCAUUUCGAAAAAUGGAUCCGAGCUGUACCAUAGGAUUCUACUGCAGAAAUGUCCAGGAUUUUGAACGAGCUUCUGAAGAAAUCACCAAGGUGCUGAAAGCUUCGUCCAAGGAGAAGUAUCCCCUCUUUACGUUCGUAAAGGGUCACUCCAGAGACUACGAUUUCGCCUCCAGCCCCACCCACGAAGAAAACGACCUUUUCCCAGAGGACGACGCGAAAAGGUUAAAGAGAUUCAGCACUGAGGAGUUCGUCUUGCUCUAAGAACGCGUCGCGUUCGGGUGCCGGCCAUUGCCUCAGGAAGCUCCCGCGGACAACGGCAGAGCUCAGAAGGAAAAUAAGCGACGCGGAGACCGGUCUAUUUUCCUAAGGGUUUUAGAGGCGGAUUUAAAAGUGGGCCCAGUCUUCCACACUCCGUGAUUCCCGAAAGGGAAGCGGCCCGGGAAAGCUGUGGGCCAGUGCCAGGCGGGAUGUAGGGCCGGGCCUGCCGUGGCUGGGUGGUGCACUGGUUUUCUCAGGCUCGGGGACUCAUCCAAUAAUAAUAAUAA